GAUAUAUCAACAAUCCAGCCGGCAACGACAAUAACAUCAACUAUAUUUUUACAAUAUUUCGUAUUAAGCCGGAAGUGCAUACAUUUAUAAACGAUUGCGAUCAAAAGGCGGGUUUUAGUUAAUUGGCUCUAAUUAAAUUUAGGCAAUAGCGUGCGCAGAUCCGGCGCCAAGCGAGAGCAAACGUGGGGGAGUACGUGGCACUGGAGAUGAUGUUUUGAAUAGCUGGCAAUAAACAAUAAUUAGUUAAUUAUAACAAUUACGACGUGUAGCAUUUGCAGCUAUGAGUGCCACGCUACGUUACCGUGGCGAUAAAAGCAAUUUGCUAGAGUUCGCCAAGAACUUGGAUGCCUUCAAAAAGGUGCCGGAGAAAUAUACGGAGACCACAGAGAUUGGGGGCACACUCUCCCUGCUAAGCCGGCUGCUCAUUGUCUAUCUCGUGUACACGGAGCUGCGCUACUAUUGGAAUGAGACGGAUAUUAUUUACCAAUUUGAGCCAGACAUUUCGCUGGAUGAGCAGGUGCAGAUGCAUGUGGACAUUACGGUAGCCAUGCCGUGCGCCUCGCUCUCUGGCGUCGAUCUGAUGGACGAGACGCAGCUGGAUGUGUUUGCGUACGGCACACUGCAGCGCGAGGGCGUCUGGUGGCAAAUGUCGGACGCGGAUCGUCGUCACUUUCAGUCCAUGCAGAUGACCAAUCAUUAUUUGCGCGAGGAAUAUCACUCUGUGGCUGAUAUACUCUUUAAGGACAUACUACGCGAACGGUCACCGCCCAAGGAGAGCGAUACACUGUCAGACGCAGCGCCACCGCCGCCACCGGGUGCACUGCAGCAGCUGCAGCAGAUUUCGCAGAUGGAGUCCAAGUACGAUGCAUGCCGGCUGCACGGCACAUUGGGCAUCAAUAAAGUGGCCGGCGUGCUCCAUUUAGUGGGCGGCGCCCAGCCGGUAGUUGGCAUGUUCGAGGAUCACUGGAUGAUCGAGUUUCGCCGCAUGCCAGCAAACUUUACGCAUCGCAUCAAUCGCUUGAGCUUCGGCCAAUACUCACGUCGCAUCGUCCAGCCACUGGAGGGUGACGAGACGAUCAUACGGGAGGAGGCCACCACGGUGCAGUAUUUCAUCAAGGUGGUGCCGACGGAGAUACGGCAUACGUUUAGCACCAUCAGCACAUUCCAAUAUGCUGUUACCGAGAACGUACGCAAGCUAGAUGCGGAGCGCAAUUCGUACGGCUCGCCGGGCAUUUACUUCAAGUACGAUUGGUCUGCCUUGAAAAUUGUGGUUAGCCACGAUCGUGACAAUUUGGUGACAUUUGUCAUACGGCUCUGCUCCAUUAUAUCGGGCAUUAUUGUCAUCUCUGGCGCUGUCAAUGCGCUGCUGGUGGCCAUCCAGCGGCGUCUGCUGCGCAUGUUUGCGCCGCAGCUCUACCAGCGGCUACCGGGCGCCACUCCGCCCCCGCCAGCCCCACCGGCGCCAGUCAGCAGCGUGCCAAUGCCCGCCAACGACCUGCUCAACACGGCCAAUCUGAUGGCCAAUGUGGAUAUAUCCGCCUAUCUGCCAACAGCCAUGGCGGCCAACAAGUCAGACAUCUAGCCGGGCCACACUCGGCCCACUCGCAAUCUCCGUUCAAAGCACUCUCAAUUCACUCUCCUCUACUACAAUGCCACAAAUUUAUUGUCUCAUAAGAUUAAGCA